AUGAAAAACCCAGCCCCAGGGAAAGAAUUUGAAGCCAAACCCCAGCAACUCUGGCCAGUCCACUGCGUGGCGGAUACUCCCGGCGCAGAGAUAAUCCCCGAAAUUGAGGCCUGGAAAGCCAAUCUCGUUGUCCAGAAGGGUAUGCACUCUCAGGUUGAAAUGUAUUCCGUCUUCGCGGAUGCUUUUGGGAACCGUGAUCCCGGUAUCAAUAUGCAAUCCGUUAGCAUGGACGUUGCGGCGACUCUGAGGGAGCGCGGAAUUAUUGAUGUUUUUGUCGUUGGUCUUGCUGGAGAUUAUUGCGUCAAGUGUACUGCUAUUGAUGCUGUCAAGGCUGGCUUCCGGACUUGGGUUAUUGAGGAAGCUACUCGGUGUGUUGUGCCUGAUGCUUGGGAUGCUGUUAAGGGGGAGUUGGAGGCUGCGGGCGUGUCAGUUGUUUCUUGGUGGGAUCCGAUUGUCCAGGGGCUAGGACCAUGUCUCUAG